UUCCUGGCCACGAUCACAAUAAUAUUCUCUCCAGCAAGUUGUACAGUCAACAAUUUUACCCCGUCGUUCAUCCCGGCAGUCCUGCGCCUGUUUAGGCAGUAAGUCAAAACACAUAUACAGCGUGACAUGCGCACACAGCCAGCUCCUCCCCACAUUCCCCAUCUGUGCUGAAUAGCUGACACUGACAGCAGCAGCAGCACAUAGUGUGCAGCUGGCCCCGAUGCUGUUGUGUAAAUCGUAUAGUAUUCUGGAUUUAUUGGAUAUUCAUCUACGUCCACCAGCUCCGUCUACAGCUGCACAUAUCUCUCCCGCAAUCCAGUCUAUCGAGAGACAGACAGAGCUCCCGUGACUUGUUUCUUCAGCACUGAGCCUGAAGUGGCAACCAGUCAACUAAUCAGCCAUUUUUGCACUGGGGAACCAGUGGCAGUUUUCUUUCGCUGUUUCUGUUUGUUUGAUUUGUGUUGUUGUUGACUGCAUGGAUGGUGGAGUGCGGGUAUCGGCUGGCACUUUCACCGUUUUAAUUACGAACGAAUGAGCUGGGCCGCGGCGCCUGUUCCUCCAUGGCGGCAUCCACGAAGAAUCCCGGACAGUUCUACACGAUUGAAGUGGGAGAAACACGGUUUACGGUGUUGAAGCGCUAUCAGACACUGAAGAAUAUUGGACAAGGUGCCCAAGGCGUUGUGUGUGCGGCAUACGAUAGCGUCCUGGGUCAGCAUGUGGCAAUUAAGAAGCUCAGUCGACCUUUCCAGAAUGUCACGCACGCUAAACGGGCAUAUCGCGAGUUCAAGCUCAUGAAUUUGGUUAAUCAUAAGAAUGUAAUCGGUCUACUGAAUGCAUUCACGCCCCAGCGCACCUAUGAGGAAUUCACGGAUGUCUAUUUGGUGAUGGAACUGAUGGAUGCUAAUCUCUGUCAGGUUAUUCAGAUGGAUCUCGAUCAUGAGCGCAUGUCCUACCUCCUGUACCAGCUCCUGUGCGGUAUUAAGCAUCUGCAUUCAGCUGGAAUUAUCCACAGGGAUCUAAAGCCAAGCAAUAUUGUGGUCCGGUCGGAUUGUACCUUGAAAAUCCUUGAUUUCGGUCUUGCCCGCUCCGCUAAUGCCACCUUCAUGAUGACACCGUAUGUGGUAACGAGAUAUUAUCGCGCACCCGAAGUUAUUCUGGGAAUGGGAUACAAGGAAAACGUGGACAUUUGGUCGGUGGGAUGCAUAUUUGGUGAGAUGAUCCGCGGUGCCGUCCUCUUUCCGGGCUCCGACCAUAUCGAUCAGUGGAAUAAGAUCAUUGAACAGCUGGGCACACCGUCGGUGGAUUUUAUGAAACGCUUACAGCCCAGCGUGCGCCACUACGUGGAAAACCGGCCCAAAUACGCCGGGUAUCCCUUUGAGAAGCUGUUCCCGGAUGUACUGUUCCCUCCUGAUAGUCAGGAGCAUGGUAAGCUGAAAGCCAGCUAUUCUCGCGAUCUCUUAUCGAAAAUGCUUGUGAUUGAUCCGGAGAAGCGAAUUUCCGUGGAUGAUGCCCUACAGCAUCCUUACAUUAAUGUUUGGUUUGAAGAGAGUGAGGUCAACGGGCAAGGCCCAGGACCCUACGAUCACAUUGUCGACGAGCGGGAGCACACGGUUGAAGAAUGGAAAAGAUUAAUUUAUGAUGAAGUGACGCAGUAUGAGCGGCAAUUCGAACGGAAGAGCGGUCCGGAACAGCCUACCACAAACGGUGGUAGCGCGGUGCAGGACGGUCAGGCCGAUGCUAGCCGGCUGCGACGCAAUUCGUCGGGACGGGCUGACGGCGAAGGAAGCGAACGUUCAGCAUCCUCCAAUAAUUCGGCAUCCAGUUCAUCCAACAGCAUUCAUAAAAAUAGCCGCUGAAGAAGGAGAGAGAAAGCGAUAAUAGCAAAAAAAAGACGUGGAAUGAGACGAGUAUUUAAUCACGAUAAAAGCAUCCUGCACCGGAGAUGGAGACAAGUGGAUCAGUGUCAGGAAGUCGGGGGGACGCUAUCGUUGUAUGUCAUGGGAUAUGCGGGGGCGGGAUUAAUUAUUUUGCUGCUAUUUUGGCCAUGGACGAUGCGAUACGGGGUUUGUUGCUGUUGUUGUGCUGCUGCUGCUGUUGGGUGUGGAAAGGAAAUGGGGAAGGAAUCGUAUCAUUCUAUCCUAUCUCUGUGUCUCUGGUACGUUUUUGGCAUUGAUUGCUCAAGCUUAAUGCUGACAGCUGGAAAAAUCGAAGACGUUUUCCCAAAUGAUCCCGGUCUAAUGCUGCUUGAUUUACUACUACGUGGUGCGUGCGCAUGUAUUUUCCUCCUCCUCCUUGCUCCCUUGUCCCGCGGCUAUGAAAGGGAUCCAGUAACGCAGUACCGCGACAGAAGAUGCAAAAAACAGGGCGAUCCGCUACGCCAUCAUCCGGCCCACUCGGCAGCCAAUUUUCACUCCCAGUAACCUCAUUCUUUAAACUUUAGAGAUUUUAUUGUCUUCUGUUUUUGUUUUGAUUUUAAUGUAAGCCUGGUAUUUUUGGCGCGUUAUGCCCGUAAUAUGUUCGAGUCAUAGUCGGUAUUGUUACAGUUAUUAUAGUUUACGAUGUCCUUUUUAUUCUUGUUUUUGAUUCAAUUUUCAGCUGUUUACAACCCGGAAUAAUUCUAGUUUAUGUUGCUGCAAUUUUGAACCAAAUUCCUCAGGAUAAUUAUGUAAAUCUCUUGUGUUAUGAUCUGCACUAAUGCAGGGUAAAUAAAUAAUUGAGCGUAUUGG